CUGUGGCGGUGGCAACCCUGCUGCAGAUUGUUGUUAUUGCCGCUGAAAGCACAUUUUGCUUAAAAAUUUUAACUAAACUGUGAGAGAAUGCAUCGUAGAAAGACGCCAAAAUCUAUAAACAAGCCGCCACCAAUUAGCGGUGCCCUUAAGAAGCCAACAACACCGCCGGCAACAAAUGAUGCAGGAUUCGAUGGGGACAGUAACAUACAGUUCGAAGUAGAAUUGUGUUGGUGUGUCCACCAGCUACAGGCGGCUCUUGAGAGCGGAAAACUGAGUCAAAAAGUUGCUGAGGACACGGCCAAGAACCUAAAAAUAUUAACCAGUCAAACUGCACCGCUCAUUAAAAAAAGGCAAGUGAUGAAGCUAUCCAUGGGCGAUUAUCGGGCUAAAAUGCAACAAGAAGAGAAAAAAAUGGGACUAGCUGCCAAACAAAUUAAAUUCACCGAACCAUCAGCAGCAUCAUCAGACGCUACCAGCAAGAAGUCAAGUUUUGUGAAGAGAUCAGCAUUACUUACAACUGGCAAAGAUUUUCGAUUCAAUUUUGCAAAUCCCCCUGAAAAUAAUUCGUCAUCCUCCUCAUCGGUGGUAAUCUCGUCUGAAUCCGUGACGCCUAAGGAAACUGCUCAAAUUAACUUUUCAUCAGAUACAACAGGAGGAAGCCCAUUUAAAUUUAAUUUUGUUAUUGAUCCAGAGCAAGAUUACCAGGCUAAUGAUAUAAAUAUUAGUGGAUUAAAGCUAAACGGCUAAUUUUUGUUAUACCUAUACACGCAUAUUUUGCUCUUUUCUACAAAAUAAAACGUACGAGUAAUUAUAAGAAUUAA